AUACAAACUCACUCAAAUUUCCUCUAAGCCUAACAGCACAAAAGCAUAAUAUUAAAGUACUUGAGCAGUGAACAUCCUAACAUAUAUAAAAAUUCAACCAAACCAGAGCUCAAAUGAACCAAAACAUGGCUGAAAUUGAAGAGAAAUGUAUUAGAAACAAAACUAAUCAAAACCAGCCAGUCAAAAAAGAGGUCAUUUCUGUCAUUGAUUCUCCGGAUUGUGUUUUUGGAGUCCAAGUGCAAGUCAAUGGGUCCAUGUUUGAUUGAGAUGGCCCAAUUAAGGCCCAUGAUAGCUGCUUCCAUCUCACCAUCUUCAGAGGAGUGUUGCGUUUGCAAAUGGGUGCUCAUUGCUCCAAGAAAUUCUCCUUCCUUUGUUCGUAGAAUAGCGGCGCCAGCCAUUGAAUCUCUGGCAACUGACACGUCCGUGUUGAGGGUGAUUUCAUAUGUGAUGAUCCCUGGGGCAGAUUGUUUGAACACUCUGCAAGUUCCAGGUAUGUCUGUGUUUCUCCACCACGUCAUUAGGUAUUUAAAGGGAAAGAAACCUCUCUGCAUGUUUAGGAUUUUCCCCAUCUUAGAGGCCUGGGCUGUGGGUGUCUUGUCAGUUGAUUCCCUGGAUCAAUUCUUGAGCAAUCAGGAUCUGGUCAUGAAUCUGUCUGCCUUUGAUGAACCCCCCUUGUUCAGAAGAAAUAAGAAGUCUCCUGUAAACCCAUCUGGUCCAGCUGAGCUAUCUGGAUUAAGACUCCAAACUGCCUCUUUAACUUCUUCCUCAGUAGGGAGUUUGAUUCUAGAGGGGUGUUUCAAGAUGAUGGUCCAGUAUGCUGCUGUGUCUCUGUGGUGUGAAGAUGCUCUGGCUCUGUGGUGUGAGGGUCCUCUGGUUCCUGGUUGGAAGAUGUUACUGUUUGCCGGAACAGUGCUGUUUUGGACCUCCUUGUUUUUGAGGGUUUUGCAUUCUAGGUUAUGUCUGGAAAUGCCUCUACAGAAUGAAGGGUAUGCAAAUGUUGAGCCAGAUAGUUUGUUAGCACUGAAGCCCCUAAGCAACGAAGAGCAACAACUUAUUGAAUGCCUGCUUAAUCAAGAAGUGGAAGCUUCUUUUUGGGAGGACUCCAUUCUACCGGAGCUGGAUCUCAUGUUAAUAGAUAACAAAGUGGAAGAAGAGGCAGGAGGAGACUUCCAAAAGCAGUAUGAAUUGCUUAUGCCCAUUUUUGAACAACAUAUUAGCGAUGACUUUGAGAACUCCCUUUGGAUGAUCAAGGAAGCAUUUCGCUCGCCCUUCAUCAAGGAAAAUAUUAAAAAGGGGCUUGUCUCAACCCUUCAGGGGAAGGCUAUAAAAGCAACAAGGGAGGCUAUGAAGAGUGCACAAUGCAUAAGAGCUAUUAAGGUUAAAGGUACGUGACACCCCGUUCUCUUAGCCUGCGCCAACAUUGACGUUCCGAUCAUCAUGCCGUUGUGUGAACAUCUUAUCGACUAUGAAUAAGAGGAAGGUAUUCUA